UCCUGAGUUCGGCCACUGCAUCGAGGUCCCCUCUGUCACCCCCUGUCCCUUAGGGUAGCAUGACCCCAUGCACCACUCCUUGUCCAACACCUCAAUGUGCCCCAUGAGCCGGGCACCAAAAUGCCUCCGCUGUGGCUGAAAUCCCUCCCUGCUCUUCUCCCCCUGGGAGCAAAUUUCUUCCCAUUAUUCUGCAGUGACUGCACAGAGAACUCACCACGUCCCCUCCUCCUGGUGACACCAGCCUGUUCCCACGGCCCCAUGGCCUCCCUGCUUCCACCAGGGAUACAGCAGCCAGAGACUGGAGCAUCAGCAAUGCAGGACACCCAGCACCACAUGUACUGAGCACCAUGGCUCAUCCUUCCUCGAUCAGAUGGCAGCAGUUCCCCACACCGAGCUCACGGGAGGGACCGAACCACAGCUGUCCCCUCUUUAAUUCCUCACUGCGAAGCAAAACCAACACGCAGAACAUUCUCUGUGCACGCUGUGACAAAGCACACGCUGCGCCAGGACUGUCAGAGCUGGGAGCACUGCAGGUACAACGUGUUGAUUUGAGUCUGGUUUCCAAACAAACCAGGUGCAUGCGCCGCCCUGCUCAUCUCUGCCUCUGCCCAUCCCACCCGACGUGAUUUCAUCCCCACGUUUAUACAAAGAGCCGUUCCCACCAAGAAUCCUUCACUGAGCGCCAGCAGCUCAACCCUUUCAAGACACCAGAGAGUCCCCUGUCCAUCAACUUGCAGCUUCACCUGCAUCCUCAUCCCAUCGCCACCCGAUUUCCUUCCAGAAUCCCACAGCCACUCGACACAACAGUGCACAGGGACGCCGUACAUCUGGACCCCUCACAUCUGCGUGGCUGUGCCCCCUGCCACCACCCCACCUACCGCAGAGCUGCUUUGCUCCGGUGACACGGUGACAUCAGCGUGGCUUCCUGCCUGCCGGCAGCACCCGCCCCAGGCCCCAUAGCCCUGUGCUGUGGGGCAGCCAGCCCCAGGGCCCCGCUUGUGCCCCACAGCAUGGAGUCAGUGGCUCUGUACAACUUCCAGACGACGGAGAAGGAUGAGCUGCCCUUCCAAAAAGGGGACACCCUGAAGAUUCUCAACAUGGAAGAUGACCAGAACUGGUACAAGGCGGAGCUGUAUGGCUGUGAGGGCUUCGUCCCCAAAAACUACAUCAAAGUGAAACCCCACCCGUGGUACGCAGGGAGGAUCUCCCGGCACGUGGCGGAGGAGCAGCUCCUGAAGCGCAGAUACGUGGGAGCCUUCCUGAUCCGGGAGAGCGAGAGCGCGCCGGGGGAGUUCUCCAUCUCCGUCAACUACGGGCAGCACGUCCAGCACUUCAAGGUGCUCCGUGAGCGCAAUGGCAAAUAUUUCCUCUGGGAGGAGAAGUUCAACUCCCUCAAUGAGCUGGUGGACUUCUACAGGACCACCACCAUUGCCAAGAAGCAGCAGAUCUUCCUUCGGGACGACGAGCAGAGCCCAGAGGUGAAAAAACCCAAAUUCGUGCAAGCCCAAUUUGACUUCUCUGCCCACGACAGCUCCCAGCUGCCCUUCUACCGUGGGGACAUCAUUGAGGUGCUGGACUGCCCCAACCCCAACUGGUGGCAGGGGAAGAUCUAUGGACGCAUUGGCUUCUUCCCCCGCAAUUAUGUCCACCCCAUCCACAAGUGAGCUGCCCCCCUGCCACCCUGCUUCGCGCAUCCCCCAUCCCCACGCUGUCCCCAUGGGCUGCAGAUCCCAGCGGUGCCAUCUGUGGAUGCUGUGCUGGAGGCAGAGGCUGCCCGGCUCCAAGCACCAACAAAUACCCAUAUAUGAAGAAGCAGAGGGCUGUGUGACAUUGAGGGGUAUCCAAACUUCUAUGGAGUUACAAUGGGUGGCAGCUCCUGGCCAGGAACCCUCCAGCCCCAGUUCCAGGAAAGCUGCAGUCAGCUGGGACAUGGCUGGGCUCAGGGAUACUGCGGAGCAGUGCUGGGGCACGGGGUGCUGGAAGGGCUGCUCAGGAGUUAUUCAGUCCUGCUGGUUCCAUUUGUAGCUGCAAAUUGUGGCCUUUUUAUUUUUUACUUUUAUCUAGAGUUAGUAAAGUGUGUUGGGAUUAAA